CCAAGUUGGAGCUGCAAGUCAGCGCGCACUGAGCUUCCUCAAACUGCCUGGUGCUAUUUUGCAAGCUGUAAAGAGAACAUCUCGCUUCGGCGCACGGUGCCAGCAGAGCUGUUCUUUCCUUCCAAGUUCUCACACGCCGGAGCUCAUGUGCCAAAAGUAACCCAUUUGAGCUGCUCGCCAUGGCGCACCUGCAGUUUAAAGAUACCUUUUGGUGUAAAGAAUUCACCCUUCAUACUGGAUACGAUGUGCUGCUGCAGCGGCUCCUGGAUGGGAGGAAGAUGUGCAAAGAUGUGGAGGACUUAAUCAAACAAAGGGCGCAGGUGGAGGAACGGUACGGGAAGGAACUGGUCCAGAUCGCUCGGAAAGCAGGAGGCCAAUCGGAAAUCAACACUCUGAAGGCUUCAUUCGAAGUCCUAAAACAACAGAUCGAAAAUGUUGGGAACUCUCAUAUCCACAUGGCAACCAUGUUGAAAGAUGAACUGAAGGCCCUGGAAGAGUUUAGAGAAAGGCAGAAGGAGCAAAGAAAAAGGUACGAGAGCACAAUGGAGCGGGUGCACAAGAACAAGCUUUCGAUGUAUAAGAAAACCAUGGAGUCAAAGAAGACGUAUGACCAGAAAUGCAAGGACGCUGAUGAGGCCGAGCAGACCUUUGACAGGAUAAGUGCUGCGGGAAACCAGAAGCAAACGGAAAAGAGUCAAGCGAAAGCAAAGCAAUGCAAAGAGGCUGCAAAUGAAGCAGAAAGAGUGUACAAGCAGAACAUAGAAAUGCUGGAUCAGGCCAGGACCACUUGGGAACAAGAACAUAUCAGCGCUUGUGAGGCCUUCCAGCUCCAGGAACGCGAUCGGAUCACCAUCCUCCGGAAUUCCCUGUGGGUCCACUGCAACCAGCUGUCCAUGCAGUGUGUGAAAGAUGACGAGCUGUACGAAGAGGUUCGAGUGAGCCUGGAGAAUUGCAAUGUAGAUUCUGAUAUGGAUUAUUUUAUUCAGAACAAGAGGACAGGAACGGAACCUCCAACUCCCAUUGGCUAUGAGAACUAUUAUGACCGAACGCCCCCUGCUAAACCCUGCGGCAGUCCAGUCCCGACUUGUGGAAUGAUGAAGAGGUUCUCAGGAUUGCUCCAUGGAAACAAUCGCAGUGUCACGGAAAGAAUUAUCCCUUCAGCACCCCCAGCUGUUGAUAAAGCAGAUGGUGUUUAUGCAGCAAUUAAUGUGGCCCAUGACGACGACGACGACGACGACGAAGCUGAUCUGCCCCAGGACUACCGAGUGCUUUAUGACUACACAGCCCAGAAUGAAGAUGAACUGAAUAUCCGAGCAGGUGAUGUUCUAACAGUCAUUGAAGUGGGAGAGGACGGCUGGUGGACUGCAGAACAGAAUGGACAGCAAGGAUUUGUCCCUGGGUCCUACCUUGAAAAACUUUGAUGAGAAGAACACUCCUAUAUGCUUCUUUCUCAACUAGACAUACCUUAAAAUUGCAUCUUUUCGCUCUUUGUAUUUGCCAUCAAUGAAGACCUUGAGUUGUACUCUUUAGUAUAAAGAAGGGGUUCUUUGAUGCUCUUUUUUAAAGCAACAGAACUCUCCAAUAGAUCUUGAUUUAUAUGGUCUGGAAUUCUGGCGGCUUUUCUAAUCCCAGGAGCUCAUGCUCCAAAACAUUCUUGCCAGAGUCUAAAAGCAAACCAAGACUCUAUAGCCUUAGUGGUUCUAAUUCUCACACUGAACCACUUUGUAAAGGGAUAGCCUGCAAAAUUGCCUUAUUGUCCCCUUAGAGAACCUGUGGUCCCUUGAUUCUAUAGGAGGAUCCUCACUUAAAAGAUGGUGGGCUUCAGUAAACCAGUUUAAGUUCAUUUAGUUCAUUCCUUUUUGUACUAGCACCUUCCUUCUCAUGAACGAAACUUCAACACCUAGGUCAAAUUAUCCUUUCCCUUUCCUUCAGUCUUCUAUGUUAGAUGAACAGGGACUUGUUACUGAAGCUACAUUUAGUGACCAAAUUCUCAGCUGCUGGGAAUACAAAUACAUUCACAGUUGUUCUGACAAGAUACCAAUGACCUAUCUUCACAAUCGCCAUUUGGAAUUCUAGCAGCUGGGAAUGUGAAUGCAAAUAGCAAAAAUAAAAGCCCAAGAAAUAAUUGCAUGAUCUAUUCUGAAUUUGUGACUUUUACAUUAAUAAAAGUAAGGUCCUUGGAGGUACAGAAGGGUUUCCUGCACUGUGAGGAACUGUUUGUCAGCUCCAUGAUAGAAUGCCUUGCUUUCAAUACUCCAGUGCCCAUAAGGGCUGAUUAACUCGCAAUGGUUGUUUAUCAUUUAUUAACUAGCACGCACAAACGAAUGGUUAUUUUAAGUUGAAUCACAAUAGAGGCAAUUGCUAGUCUUUAACUUUGUAGCCAUAUCUACCAGAUAGAAAGUGAGGAUGUAUUGUCCUAAAGAAUAUUGACAUGUGUAAGAUUUAAACAAAUGUUGCUUGAAUUCCUUCUUCCUCCAUGAAUACAGUACUGGUUGAAAUGUUUUAUUUAAAAUGUAGAUCUAAGUGCAAUCCGAUCAUUAACAGCACACUGAAAAGGCUAAUGAGUUUACAGUAAGAUAGAACUGCCUCAUUUGCUUUCAAGCUUUCUUCUAGCAGCCUGACUUGUAUCGGUCAAUGUAUUGUUUCUUGUCUUCUGGCAAGACUAGAAGCCUGGAUCUUCUAUAGCGAAGUCAUAGGUCUGGACAUUUUUGCGAGUGAUCUUGCAAUUCCACUGAAGUUUACAUGAGGCAGUGAUUUCAGAAAGGAAGUGUACUCUGGUUUUUGGCAUCAGCCAGGAGGGCUAGUGUAUUGUGAGACCGCAGAAGGAAGGAGAAAGAUCAUGCUAGCCACAUCCAUGGGCCGAAAGAACAAGGACGCCACUCUGCAAAGAACACCAGCAUGGAAAGAUCAACCUGGCCCAAAGUACAGUUAAAUUCUUGCUCAAACCUUAACACCUUGCUUCUGACAUUGAAAUAUAGUUGCUCUUCUUUUACCCUCCACUCCCCUUUUCCUUGCAUAUCUUGACAUUUCAGCUGUAAGCCCAAUAGGAGAGCCCGUCUCAUUUUUAUUGAUGUGAGCUGUUUUGGGAGACAGUUGUCUAAAAAGAAGGCUACGAUGCAGUAAUCAACUUGUGAUCUUUAGCUAAACAUUUCCAGGAACGCAUUAGGCAUAAACUCUUGCAGUCUCUAGGUAUGUCCAUAAACUACUGAAAAUGAAGAAUGUAUUGCCUUGGCAUCGAUCAGACUUUGCAAGGUUGCUACUUUAAAAACAAAACAGUUAAACUCUCUGUAUUUGAAAUGGUCUGUUAUUUAGGGUCAUAAUUAUUGUAUGUACAUUAAUUUAAGCAUUUAAACUGAAACUUCUUUUGUAUCUCACUAAACCAUUGUGUUGUAACAUU